GAGAGAAAAGCGAGGAAGAAGCAGAAGCUUAGUCUACUACUAUAGUAGUAGUAUAAGGGCCUCGAAUAUUGCGUUAGCUAUUUAUUGGUAACGGUGUCGCGGAGAGAAGCUCAAGGGUGCGUUGCUACGUCGCACACACUCUCACACACACACACACUCACACUCCGCGUUAGGAGGACUUGGACUCGGAGGAGGAGAUUUUGCAUGUAGGUCCGACAUGUGUGAGACUCCUCUUCAGCUUUCACAGCCAUAGAAUCUCACUGCAUCAUCGAAAAGUGUCGGACGCAUUGUGUCUCAGAAAGCUCGGAUCUCGGCGCCACUUGCCAUUCUUUCCGUGUUCAGACAUCAAUGCGCGAACCGCCUCACGGCAGUUUUCCAGCGGCGGAGCGAGGUGAAGUUAGCCGAUCUUCCGGCAGUCGGAGUGAUGCAUCGUGCAUUCGUCGUGGUCGCGUUAGUUCGAUACAAAAGGCCUCGGGGCGUGAGUGUUGUUUGAUUGAGAGGAGCUUCGUGGUGGAGUGACGUAGAGAUCGAGAAGUGUCGCUGCUCGGUUUUUUGUUUUUUGUUUUUUGUUUUGUUUUGUUUUAUUUUCUUUCUCUGCCGUUGUUGAUCUUUCCAAGACGUUCUGGACCUGGAUCCCUUGGUAGUGUGAAGUCAUGGCUGCUUGUUCUGUUGUAUUUUUAUCGUGUUGAGUUUGGGGCUCGUUCGGAAGGUUUACUUGUCGGAGCCAGAGGAGUGGGGAAGAGGAUAUAUUUGAAAGGCGGAAUUUAUUUUCUUCUACAUUGACUGCUGCUCACGUGAAGUGGCUUGCUCACUACAUUUUAGUUCUUAAUUUUGUUUUUUAGUUUUAUUUUAUAUUUUUUUUCUUUUCCUCUUUGCAUCGUCGGCAUGACUGUUGACUGGUGAUGAGCCAGAGGAUGCUGUGAGAGUUUAAAUACUGCCGCCUUUUUGUACCUUCGUUCAUAGUUUUGAAGGAGAUGCUGAAAAACAGAGAGGUGGAGUUGUGAAGGAGUGAGCACUGAUGGGUAGCCUGGGACCUGCUCUGCCUCCGGGUACCGCUUCGCCUAGUUUCCGUCGCAGAAGUCCGAGACCGUAUCGAACUUAUGCUUUUGGAGGUAUUGAUUGUUCCAGUAUGCAGCCUCGGUUGGUCCUUAUUGCCAAGGUGCUUCUAGUGGGGUUGCUGACUGGCCUUUGCAUGAGCGCCUUACGUCAGUCAACCUCUUUUGCUGGCUCCAGCAAGUUUGCGACACGUGAGAGAGGAGUGACUCAUGUGCUGGUAACGGGAGGGGCUGGGUUCAUUGGUUCGCAUGCUGUAUUGCGCCUACUGGAAGAUGGCUACCGCGUGACCAUCGUUGAUAAUUUGUCACGUGGUAACAUGGGAGCGGUGGAGCAAUUGCAAGCCUUGUUUCCCGAACCAGGCAGGUUACAGUUCCUCUUCGGCGACCUCGGGGACAGCAAACGCGUCACGGAGAUUUUUGCGCAGAAUGCUAUCGAUGCAGUGAUGCACUUUGCUGCAAUCGCGUACGUGAGCGAAAGUAUGGCCGAUCCUUUGCGGUAUUACCACAACAUCACAUUUAAUACUUUAACAGUCUUGGAGGCCAUGAGGGCCUAUGGCGUGACGAAGCUCAUUUACUCGAGCACCUGUGCAACAUAUGGUGAACCUGAGACGAUGCCUAUCACCGAAACUACGCCUCAGAUUCCAAUCAAUCCGUAUGGGAAGGCGAAGAAGAUGUCGGAAGAUCUCAUCAAGGAUUUCGCAAAAACUGCAGACUUUUCUGUGACGAUCCUCAGAUAUUUCAACGUCAUCGGCUCAGAUCCAAAGGGCAGGCUCGGUGAAGCACCACGACCAGAGCUUCGAAAGCAUGCUCGCAUUUCAGGAGCUUGUUUUGACGCUGCGAUGGGGAUUAUUCCUGGAAUUCAGGUGAGGGGCUACGACUACAAAACCUCAGACGGCACAUGCAUUCGUGAUUAUAUUCAUGUCACCGACCUAGUCGAUGCUCACGUCAAGGCUCUGGAGAAGAUAGAGAAGGGGAAAGUCUCUAUUUACAACGUAGGCACUGGCAAAGGGAGUUCUGUGAAGGAAUUUGUUGAGGCAUGCAAAUUUGCAACAGGGGUGAACGUGACUGUAACGAUGCUCGACCGACGGCCUGGCGACUACGCCGAAGUUUAUAGCGACCCAUCUAAGAUCAAACGCGAACUCAGUUGGACUGCUCAACACAUUGACUUGAAAGCAAGUCUGUCCGAUGCGUGGAGGUGGCGCAAGCGGCAUCCGGAUGGCUUCUCCUCUGCAAUGAUUUAGAGCACAUGUAGUGUUAAGCAGAGCAUUCUUUUUAGCUGAACACAUCAGACUUAGCUAGAAUGUGACGACUCAGGUUUAGGUUGGGAUUCAGCUUCAAUGGUUAGAAGCGCAUUGUGUAUAUUAGGCUCGCAGCCCAUGCAGCAGGAUUGCGGAGGUAGACAAAGCUCUUAGCGUAGAUGAAAAGCCUGAACUUCAUUCUUGCAAUCCACUCUUCUGCUCAAUAAGAUUCUCGUGUUCAAUA